AUGGAAACCACCAAGUCGCUUAAAAAAUUCGGAAUUGGAGAACGAAGCGAAAAUUUAACUCAUUCACCAGGAAAUAAUGCAGUUACCGAGCUUUUAAUACAACAAGAGCAUGAAGCAUUAUACCACGCCCGAAAACCGCACAUACACACCCGGGAACGAAAUAUUACCCAUCAUGUCAAAUCUACCGGAUACGCGAGUCAAGCGAUCAACAGCUUCCGCAAAUGUCGGUUAGGACUAUCUUGGUCCUCUUUCACUCAAAGCCGAGGUUUCAAAAAAUGGGAGGAAAAGGAAUUAAUAACGCUGAUUAAAAAUAAGGUAAUAUGUUCGGUCGAUUUCAUAUACCCCAAGGCUUUCCUAAUUAAACCGACAACUAAUGGCAAUCAAGAUGAAUACAUGCCAGGAACACUGAACGCGAGGAAACGACUAAUUAAAUAUUGGAUGACUACACUCAAGGUACUCAACACAUUUUGGGAAUUAUGGAAAACAAAGUACUUGACAAGCCUCAAGCUACGGAAAGUGAAAGAGAUUGAGAGUGAAAGAGCCACAGCGAACGUGAAACUCCUAAAGAUCUGUGGAAAUUGGCAAAAAUGA